AGCCUUGUAGUAGGCAUGUAAACUGGGAUUCAGGCAGCACACGGGAGGAUGUCUCAGCACAGAAAUAAGCAGCUAAGAGAAAUGGGAGCACAGGAGAGAGGAUCAGCUUCUUCCAGUAUCAGCAGCAGCAGCAGCAGCAGCAGCAGAGACACCACUCUCCCCAUCACCUGAGCCUGCUGCCUCUGCCAGGCUUAGCAAGGCUUGCACAGACACAGGGGAAGGCUGCUUGUGAUGUGACAGCAGAGGGAUGUGAAGAUCAUCUGAAGGAAGACCACAGUCUCUGCUCAGGGUUGGAGGGGGGAGAGAGAGAAGCAAGGAGUUCAGUUUUCAGGGAAGUGCGGUCAGCAAGCUUUGCCGCAUUGUCAAUUUCCCCUGCAAUCCUCACUUCCCACAUUCACACUUGUCCUUGUGUGUUGUGAAUGAUGAAGAUCUCUGCCUGAUGAUCGCUCAUCAGAGGUGAUGUGUCCUCUGCCAAGCCGCUGCUGCCACUUGCCAUGAUCAUCUCUAUUGACAAACUUUACAUUUCUACACGAUCUGGGGAUGUGGACGGCUCCUGCUUUGUAUCUCUCUGCCAUGGGGAUUUCUAAUAGCAAUUCCAGAGCUGUGCUUCCAAUGUCUGCUGCUCAAUGGCACUGAAGUGAUCCUGCAAGUCAAUAAUUCCAAUUUUCUGGACUAUUAAGACACAUAUCCCUGUGGAAUACUGCUUGGCUUGGAUCCAUCAUCAGAGCAGGAUCCCUGGAAUUGUCCCCCACUUUGUAAACUUUCAUUGGAUUUGACAUGUUGGGGCUGCAGAUGGUCCUCUCCAAAUGUUUUUACCAGCUCCUGUUUCCUGCACGCUGAUUGGCUGGGCAGCUUAGAUCCCAGAUCUGAAGUGGGUCCCGACUCAUGUCAGGUGGUGUUCUUCCCACCAUCAGUAGUGCUGGGAGGUUUCAUCUCUCUCUGGUUACCUUUUUCCUUCUGAAUAGAACUCCCUGGUGUAAAGUUGACACCCACAGGGAUGGUUACCUGUCUCCAGAUCAGCAGAGACUUUGGCACUACGUUAAGGAGUCCCACAUAUUCAAGGAUACACUAAAGAGUCGGGAUUGUGGAGUUUGAUGGCUUCUUUGAGAAGAGUUAAAAUCCUGUUGGUGUUGAACCUGAUUGCUGUCGCUGGAUUUGUGCUGUUUCUAGCCAAGUGCAGACCCAUUACUGCGAAAGGUGGGGAGUCCUUCCAUGAGGUCCACCCAAGGGCAGAGGUGACCAACUUGACUAAUGGGGUCAGCCCUAUCCAAGAGGCAGUGCUGAAAAGACUUUCCCUUUUAGAGGAUAUAGUCUACAGACAACUCAAUGGUUUGUCAAAAUCACUGGGACUUAUUGAAGGCUAUGGUGGCAGAGGAAAAGGUGGACUUCCAGCUACACUCACCCCCGAAGAAGAAGAGAAAGCCAAAGGACCACAUGAAAAAUAUGGCUAUAAUUCUUACCUCAGUGAGAAAAUAUCACUGGAUCGAGCUAUACCAGAUUACAGGCCAACUAAGUGCAAGAAAUUAAAAUACACCAAGGAACUUCCUCAGAUAUCAAUAAUUUUCAUAUUUGUCAAUGAAGCCCUAUCAGUGAUUCUAAGAUCAGUGCACAGUGCAGUAAAUCACACACCUGUCCAUCUCCUAAAGGAAAUUAUCCUAGUGGAUGACAACAGCGAUGAAGAGGAGCUGAAAGGGCCUUUAGAAGAAUAUGUUCACAAGCGGUACCCUGGGCUGGUUAAAGUUGUUCGUAAUCAUAAAAGAGAAGGUUUGAUCCGAGCUCGGAUAGAGGGCUGGAAAGUUGCAACUGGACAAAUCACUGGAUUUUUUGAUGCACAUGUGGAAUUUACUGCUGGAUGGGCUGAGCCAGUUCUUUCCCGGAUACAAGAAAACAGAAAAAGAGUCAUAUUACCAUCCAUAGACAAUAUUAAACAGGAUACAUUUGAAGUUCAGCGAUAUGAAAAUUCAGCACAUGGAUACAGCUGGGAACUUUGGUGCAUGUACAUAAGUCCUCCUAAAGAUUGGUGGGAUGCAGGGGAUCCAUCUUUACCAAUAAGAACACCUGCAAUGAUUGGCUGUUCCUUCGUUGUCAACAGACAAUUUUUUGGGGAUAUUGGCUUACUAGAUCCUGGAAUGGAUGUGUAUGGAGGAGAGAACAUUGAACUUGGUAUAAAGGUGUGGUUAUGCGGGGGCAGCAUGGAAGUUCUCCCAUGUUCAAGAGUGGCCCAUAUCGAACGCAAAAGGAAGCCUUAUAACAAUAAUAUUGAUUUCUACACAAAAAGAAAUGCAUUACGGGUAGCUGAAGUCUGGAUGGAUGAUUACAAAUCUCAUGUAUAUAUCGCAUGGAAUUUACCUUUAGAGAACCCAGGAAUUGACAUUGGUGAUAUAUCAGAAAGAAUCGCCUUAAGGAAAAGCUUGAAAUGCAAGAACUUUCAGUGGUACUUGGAUAAUGUUUAUCCAGAAAUGAGACGAUACAAUAAUACUGUUGCUUAUGGAGAGCUACGGAAUAAUAAAGCUAAAGAUGUUUGUCUAGACCAAGGACCACAGGAGAAUCAUACAGCUAUAAUGUACCCAUGUCACGGAUGGGGCCCCCAGCUUGCAAGAUACACAAAAGAAGGAUAUCUCCAGCUCGGAACACUGGGGAGCACAAUUCUACUACCCGAUACACGCUGUCUAGUAGAUAAUAAGAAAAGUAAACUCCCUCAGCUUAUGGACUGUGAUAAGGUGAAAAGCACACUCCACAAGCGCUGGAGUUUUAUACAGAAUGGAGCAAUAAUGAAUAAAGGCACAGGGCGUUGCCUAGAGGUUGAAAGCAGAGCUAAUGGAGGCAUUGACUUAAUUCUUCGGAGCUGCACAGGACAAAGAUGGACAAUUAAAAACUUCAUUAAAUAGAAACAAUGUCCUAAUGUUAUUUGGAAACAUUGGGUACAGACUUAAGCUCUUUCUUUACUGGAUAUUUCUAUGGAUUUAACCAGGAGCCAAAACCUGGGAGAAAAAAAGUAAUGUAUUCUUCUACUUUGGACCGGGUCAAAACUUCUUUCAAGAUUUAAAAGGAGUCACUGAAAAUGAAUUAAAUGAGCCAGUACAAAUCAUUCAUUCUGCAUGUUUGGGGGUUAGUUUUAAACAAAAAGCUUGUCAGGCUUGUUUUUAUUAAAUUCAACUGGAAUAGCAGCACAAAGGUUGAACGUGGUUUACUAUUCAUGUGGACAUCCUGUUUAUCAUAAAUCAUUACCUUGUAUGUUAAAAAUAUAAUACCAUCUAUGAGAGUCAUAAGUCUUAACUAGAGAUAGUGACACCAAAAUAAUUGUCACCAAAGUAAUAAACAGGUAGUCUGUCCAGUCACAAGUGCAAUAUCUGCCUGCAGUUUAUUUUGUAGGGAAUGGCCAUUCACUACUAAAUGCACAAAAUAUAACACUAUAAAUUCUAUGUUUACAGAUUUUUUUUGCUAUGUGUCAACAGACUACUGUUACUUAUGAAAUGAAACAGUAAGCAAGCUUGAUCUCUGUGUAAUGUUAAUAAAAUGGUUUAAUUUUGGAACAAAUGUGGCAUUGCCACCUUCCAAAGUUGUUUAUUUUCAAAAUAGGACAAAAUUGGGCCUGACCUAAACAUGUAAAAUGGCAAAUGCUGUGCCAUGGACAAAAUGUGAUUAGAUAGCUAUGGUGUUGUAAACAUUGUGUAUAAUAUGGGAAAAAAUAAUUUUACUUUUGGCCGCUUCAAUCAUUUUGUCUUUACCCAGGACUUUUUUUGUAAUGGUAAAGCUGUCUUGGUCAUGAUGUCUGUAAAUUGUACUUUAACUUCUCACUACUUUAUCUUGGUGGUUUCUGCCCCAAGUUAUAUCUCUGCACUUGUACUGAAAGCAAUGUUUAAUAUCAUGACUGUUCACACAUACCUAGGCACAUACAGUAGAUGACCAGACUCCCUUUUGGGCAGGGACAGUGACCUAGGCAUAUACUUUACUACAAGCCAGGGUACUACAGUAGGACACAGCUUGGAAAGGGAGAAAACACAGGGAAAUAGUAAGAACCAACUCUUUUAGGAUACAAACACCCAAAUAUCAAC